GGCUGCAUAAGGCGCAGUACAUACCCAUCACCUGCGAUUGGAGCGGGCUCUCAUGGAGCGCGGGGACUUCGCGUCCGUAGCGCAUACCGCCACAGUACUUAUGUAUGCCACUCUGGAUGCCAGAGGGGUGUCUGCAUAGCCAGCACAGAGUCUUCUCCUCAUCCACUGCCAACAGCCAUGACGUCUACCAAAGCCGACAUCAACGCCCUCUUCCCGCUGCCGUCCGCCGCGCCGCCGCAGGGCCCCGUCCGCCUCCCGGGCGUGACCCACGCGUCGAGCACCGCGCUGGUGCAGGCUCUAGAGGCCAACCACGUGAAGUGGCACGCGUUCUUCAACGACCGCGGCUUCCACAACCAUAUUUCGCACCACCUCGUGGCGAUCUACGCCAUGGGCGCGGGAGGUGCGCUGAUCGACGCCGCGUACCAGGCGCACGCCAGUUACAUGCUCCCCGCGUUCGAGUCCCCCGAACAGGUCGACGACAAGACGUUCUGGAAGCAUCUCGGGAAGCGGGAGUUCUACACCACGUACCUAGAGUAUUUCCGGAAGGCCCUGCGUGAGAAGGACAUCACUGAGGUUCUCGAGGAAUACCUCUUCUCGGCCAAGGCGAAUGUGGGCGGCGCCGGAAUCGAAGGGGAGCCGAAGAUGCUCGUCCGCUUCUUCUCAGCCCUUGUGCAUCCUCUCAUCCACACCGGAAACGGCCUGGAGUUCGGGCUCCUGGGAUUGGUCGCCGAAGGUCUCGCCCAAACGGCCGUCCACCCAUUCCACGGCGACGUCCUCGUACCGGGGUCCCUCUUCCAGAAGAACGCCAGUACAGACGCCGUUUCGCGCCUCACCGCUCUACUGCCCUCGCUCUCUCUCACGAAGCAGUCUCAGAAGAGUGGCUCCACCGAAGGGGCAAAGCCGGGCGUCCAUGCACUCACCAUUCUCGCUCGCGUGUUGGCAGACGACAAGUUCUCUGCCAAAAACCUCGGGAUACCCACGGAUAAUGAGAUUUCCGGCUUCGAACGCGCGACCGACCGUGUGGGCGAGGCUCUAGCGGUUCUCGCUGCCGAGUGGGUGGCGGACCUUGAGGGCGAGGGCGCGACUUCGGAGGCCAUCUCGAAGAAGAUCGAAGAGCUCGCCUGGGCGAGCUCUCUCAUAUACGGCGUGGGAGGUUGGGGCGCACGCCACAGGUCCCCCAGCAAGACGUUCAACGCGGAUUUCUUCUACAUGCACCUUGUUACCUCCUCGCUCUUCCUACCGUCCAUCGUCGCCUACCUCUCCCCUCGGUCCUCUGUGAUUCUCCUGCAGGCGUUCUUCGCCAACACUCUCGUUUGGUGGAUCUCCCAAGGACGCGCCACGCUCCCCAUCCGCGAAUUCUACGCGGGAACGUCCGCCACCCCGACGCCGCCAACUACAGGCGCAGGAACCGCGACUGCGGCGAAGGGGACCCUCACGCCAGACGACGCCGCGCCGAACGCGUGGCUGCCGAUUAUCCAGACGACGCUCACUCACCCGGACCAGCACAUCUCCAAGCUGCAGCGCGCGCUCCUGCACAAUGCGACCGAGUACGGGGCGCGCGAUGCCGGAUACCUGGCGGGCACUGGCCUCGAGGGCGCGGAAGCCAUUGAUGGGACUCUGUUCAUCCGCGUCGCAAGCCUCUCCGCUGACCGGCUCGGUUGGAUGAAGGAGGGUCAGGCGGAGGGUAGUUGGGACCGGGCAGGCUUUUACUGA